CGAUUUCAAAACUCCAAUUGACGCCAUUAAUAAUUUGUCUGGCGCAAGCAGUCUCCUUUACAUUUCAUCUCACGUCUUCCUCUAACCCUACUUCCUUCAACCAACGCAAUUAUCAACAUGUUUGCUAGAACAGUUUUGAGGUCCGCUGGACCUGUGCGCCAGAGCAUUCGCAGCUACGCGACCGAAGCACCCAAGUCCUCCUCCUCCUCUACACCCUGGAUCGUCGGCGCUGCAGCCAUUGGCGCUGGAGCUGCAGGUUACGCUUUCUUGGGCUCGAACAAGGCUACAGCCGAUGCGCCCAAGCCCUCCGAAGACGCUACCACUGCGGCGAAGACUACACCUCCAGCGAAAGCAUUUACCGGUGGCGACCAGGGCUUUGUAGACCUCAGGCUUGCUGAAGUCAUCCCCUACAACCACAACACGAAGAGAUUCAGGUUCGAACUGCCUGAGCCUGACCACGUGUCGGGUCUGCAGGUUGCUUCUGCCAUCAUCACCAAGUACAAAGGCCCCACGCAAGAUAAGCCCGUCAUAAGGCCGUACACGCCUAUCAACGAGGAAGAUGAACGUGGCUUCAUCGAGCUCCUGGUCAAAGUGUAUCCCAAUGGGCCAAUGUCAGAACACCUUCACAGCAUGAACCCCGGCCAGAUGUUGUCCAUGAAAGGUCCCAUUCCCAAGUAUCCUUGGGCGCCGAACAAGCACGAGCACAUCACCUUGAUUGCCGGCGGCACUGGUAUCACCCCUAUGUACCAGCUCAUCCGUGCGAUCUUCAAGAAUCCCGAGGAUAAGACGAAAGUAUCGCUCGUGUUCGGUAACGUCAAAGAGGAAGAUAUUCUGCUCAAGGAAGAAUUUGAGAAAAUCGAGAACGAGUUUCCCCAGCGUUUCCGUGCGUUCUAUACCCUCGACAACCCGCCCGAGAGCUGGCCAUAUGGCAAGGGAUUUAUCACAAAAGAACUGCUCAAGGAGGUCAUUCCCGACCCGAAGAGUGGGAAUAUCAAGGUCUUUGUAUGUGGGCCGCCGGGGAUGUAUAAGGCUGUCAGUGGGGCGAAGGUGAGCCCGACUGAUCAGGGUGAGUUGAGUGGAAUUUUGAAGGAGUUGGGCUAUACGAAGGAGCAAGUCUAUAAGUUCUAGACUGUAUAUGCUUCUGUAUGAAGAAAUAGUCCUCGGCCGAUGGCUUUGCGAGCAGAGAAUAGGAGGCUAUGCUCUUCACAGGGUUGAAGCAGGUGUUGGCCCAACGUCCUGUAGAGAAAAGUGGACGAGAAGUCGCAGCUGUACAUGUAGAUAAAGGGCCAGUUGGCGGAUAAAAGCCAAUAGAAAUAUGCGACUUCACCAUCUAUGCGACCUCACCAUAUAAGGAACAUAA